AUGACGGGGUCCAAUCAUUCGUCGGCGGCCAGCACGCCUUUGGGGGGAGGCAAGCAGCAAAAGAAGACAGCCCACAAUGCCAUUGAACGACGGUACCGGAACAAUAUCAACGAUCGAAUUGCCGAACUUAAGAAUGCCGUUCCGGCUUUGCUGUAUGCCAAGCUGAAAGAUUCGCGAACGGGAAGCAAACGAUCACAUCGGGCCGCCAUGGAGGAGGAAGACGACGAUGGCGAAGACGCCGAAGAGUAUCUUGACGGUGUGGCGGUCGCGACCAAGUUGAAUAAGGCCACCAUUUUGCGCAAAGCGAUCGAAUACAUUAAUCAUUUGAAACGAACGGGUGAACAUGCGCGUCGCGAAAACACCGUACUUCAGCAACUUUUGGCCCAAAUGCCUCACGGUCAGGAAGUGCUGGCUCGGUACCGUGUGCAGAAAUCGCUACGCGAAGAAGAAUUGAAUAAUCAACUCAUGAAGGAGCGCGCGCUUCAGAAACAAGAACAAAAGAAUCAGAAAGCAGCCCGACGUGGUAAACGGUCACGAACCGGUGGCGACCAUGAAGGCGAUGAUGAUUCUUCUUCCGCGGCUUCGGCCGACCCCAUCACCCCACCGGGAGGCGUGAGUCAUCGGGUGCUUAUGGCGGCAUUCAUGGCCAUCAGUUUCUUUUCCAACUCGCCUCUCACGGCCGGUCCCAUGAGCGCGAAUCAGUACCAGGACCAUCGUCACUCGUCGCGUACCGAAAGUCUGGACACGGAUCCCAUUUCAUCCAAUUCACCCAACCCUCCGCCUGCACCCAUGCCAAGGAACGAUGACUUUGUUCACAUGAUCAAUGGCUCUUCCCCCUCAUUCUUCGGCUCCCUUUUCCCCAUGUCGGAUGGAUGGUCAGCGCUACGAACGACGGUAUUCAUUAUUUGCAUUAUUCAACUCUUCUUCCCCGUGAUACGGUAUUGGUUUUCAUCGGCUUCGUUUAAAGUGAAACGGGUACGAAAACAGCGUCGCUCAUUUGUGAAUACCUCGGAACGAUCCGCGACACGAUCGACGGGCAGUAUGGCGUCGGUGGGUAUGACUCCGGGGGAUCAAAAGUGUAUGCAAAUCUACACAAUUCUGGUCAAGGCUUUGGAACGUGAGGGCGACGCUCCGCCUGUAGGAAGUUGGGCCGUCCUAAGUGCUUUGACCAAGGAAGUAGCUCGAUUCGUUUCACGCCAUUGGUUCGGCUACGAAAUUCUCUACGAUGACCAUGAGUAUUCCCCGCAAGAAGAGUGGACACGAGCCUGUAAAUGGAUCAAGCUUAACGAAGUAACCUGUUUAGGAGGAAAAUUGGAUGUGACACGCUGGUCGAUGUUGCAUAUGUGCUUCCAAGUGGUGAAUAUUGUGGAAAUGUUGGAUGAUGAAGAACAUGAUUACGCCGAUCAAGCUCGCGCACGUGUUUAUGCUACGGCGGCCAUGCAGAUGGCAUUGAUGAUGCCUAUCCCGACCGUGGCACAAAAGUUGGCCCAGUAUUUCUGGCAUCAAGCCAUGUAUGAAGCCAACUGUGAAGAUGACAAUUUAAUGCGAUCGCUCGUCUUUGAUUGCCACCAAGAUGAUGGCGAAGAUCGUAUGGAAGAAAUGCUCAACAGUCGUGCUUGGAAAGAGACGCUCGAAGUGAUGCAGCAUCAGAUGGACAAGUCCGGUUUUGAACAAGGAUUAUCCCUUUCUUUGACCGCUCCGGUGCUGGUGCCUGUAGCGAUAUUGUCGACAUUCCAUCUGUUGGAUAAUUUGCAGACCCAGUUUGGUCGAUUGAUCAUUUCCAUCACGGCCACGCCGCUGAACAGCUCAGCGACGAAUGAUGCCGAUGCCGAAUUUAACGAAACUGCAUUUGAUCAAAUUUUUGCCAUCACUUCCCCAUGUACUUCCACGGCCGGGGGAGUCGAAGAAGACCAUCAGCGUUUGGCGCACUGGCUAGCCGCCGUGGGAUGCACCAUUGAAGCGUUGUGGCGUGGUGAUGUGGCUAUCGCGGAAGAGCUGGCUUCGACCUUGAUGCAAAAGAUUCCGAAAUCGGUCGUAGCCCGUGAUCCCGAAGAUAAAUCACGAAUCAAUCAAUUGGACGAACUGAUCAAGACGUGCAUGGUUCAUGUCCUUCUCGGUGCGGCGUGGUUGAAGAAACAAGGUCAGGAAAUUCGCGGUGUCGAUGAACUGUGGAAAGCCGAAGACUUGCGUUUGAAAAUCAAGAAAAUCCUCGCCCACAUCCAUAAGCAUCGCACGCCUCGACGUGCACCGGUGGAAGAUAGUGAAGUCGAAUUAGAUUUGGAGUCGUCGGUGGUGUCGUUGGCGGAAUUCGUGGUGGCCAUGAUUGGAUUGGAAGCGUGGGUGUCGGCGUGGCAGCUGGCGAGAACAUUGACGGAGAAAGAUGUACGUCAGAAUUGGGAACGCGACAUUACAGAACAAAUCCGUCAUUCGACACUGACGUUACGACGAAUGAUCCGACGUCAUUCUUUGGACGGACUACGCACGAACCAAGCGAUCGUGGAUCGAUUGAGUCGAUUAGGCAAUUUUGUAUCGCGGCAAUUGGAUGAGCUGGACUCGUCCUACGAACGUUCCGAUGACAGUGAGGGAUUCUUGGAUGAUGACGACGAACUUCACAUUGACACCAGUGAAUUCAAUAAUGAUGAAUUACUCACUCUGCGGACUGAAAAGGCUCUGGAUAUCCUUCGUGGCCUGUCCUAA